AUGGCAACGGCCUGGAGACGAAGCACACUCUGUUUCCGUGAACCAUGGCCACCGCACCACCCCCAGCACUACCGCAGCUGCUACUAUCUUCGUCUUGUCUUGCUCAUCAGCCUCGCCAUCCUUCUUAUGGAGGUAGCUGGAGUAGAAGGGAGAGUGAGCAGCAAGGGGUGCUUGGACAGGGAGAGGGAUGCUCUCUUGCUUUACAAAGCCGCCAUCAAAGAUCCUUCCGGCCGCUUGUCUUCAUGGCGUGCCCAAGUGGACUGCUGCGCUUGGACUGGCGUAGUCUGUCACAACACAACGGGCAGCGUGCGAGUGGCGGAGCUCAACCUUGAAAAUCCAAAUGCCUACCAAGACGAUAAUUGGUGGGAGACGGCUUUGAGGGGUGAGCUGCUGCAUCCUUCAUUAUUGUCUUUAACUCACUUGCGAAACUUAAGUCUCAGCUGCAAUGACUUCGAGGGCACCCAAAUUCCACCUCUCGUUGGUUCUCUUCACAAACUCAGGUAUCUUGAUCUUUCUGACUCCAACUUCAGUGGAACCAUUCCCCCUCAUCUCGGAAACUUAACUAAUCUUCGUUAUCUUGUUCUCUAUGCCUAUCAUUAUCGUUAUUCUGCUACAAUUUUCCACAGCCUAGACUGGCUCUCCCGCCUUUCUUCUUUGAUUUAUCUGGACAUGUCUGCUUUGGAUCUCAGCGCUGUCUCCCAUAAUUGGCUUUCAGCAGUCAACAUGUUACCUUCCCUGCAACAAUUAUAUUUAUAUGAUUGUAAAAUUAGCAAUAUCCCUCUUUCUCUCAACUUCCAUCUCAAUCUCACUUCUCUCGCAACUCUUCAUCUUGGUAGAAACAAUUUCAACUCUUCUUUUCCUAACUGGUUGUGGAAUCUCACAAGCCUCUCGUCUCUUCAACUUUAUUACUCAAAUAUUCGAGGAAUGUUGCCUAACGAAAUUGUGAAUAAAUUCUCUGGAAAUAUACCUUUGUGGAUUGGGCAAAGUUGGCAACGGUUGCGUAUUCUUCGAUUGUCCUCAAAUAUGCUCAAUGGCAACAUUGAUUCACAACUUGGGUAUUUGAGGGAUCUACAAAUCAUCGACUUUGCAAAUAACAAAUUAUCGGGGACAAUACCACAUUCUUUUGGAAAUUUCAGCACAAUGAUUUCGACAUCAGUUGAACUACUUCCUUCUUUUAAUGUACCAAUCGAAAUACUAGAAGCAACCAACAUUUAUAGCGGAAGUGAAAGCAUUACUUUAGUCACAAAAGGAGACCAACUUAUGUUUUCAUCUAUUCUUUAUCUUGUGAAGAGUAUAGAUCUUUCAAACAAUGAAUUGACAUAUGAGAUUCCCGAAGAAUUAGGAUAUCUUGUUGGACUCCACACUUUAAAUUUAUCAAGAAACUACUUCAAAGGUAAAAUACCAGAUAGCAUCGGCAAAAUGAGUUCAUUGGAAACUUUGGAUUUGUCCUUCAAUAAUUUAUCAGGGAUUAUUCCUCAAAGCUUAUCACAACUAAAUGCUUUGAGUCAUUUGAAUUUGUCUUAUAACAACCUAUCUGGAAGCAUUCCCUAUGGGAAUCAACUUCAAACAUUGGAUGAUGCAUCUAUUUAUAUUGGUAAUCCUUUUCUUUGUGGAGACUUAGUAAACAAGAGUUGCUUUCAUGGGAACCACACCAAUGCAAAAAGCGAGGAAAAUGUAAUAUUAUCGCCAAUGUUAUCAAUCUAUCUCAGUAGUACACUUGGAUAUUUAGUUGGAUUGUGGAGUGUGUUUGUCCUUCUACUAUUCAAGAAAAGAUGGAGGUACUCUUACUUUCAGAAGGUAGAUGAAAUUUAUGAUAAAGUUUAUGUGGCAAUCAAGAUAAGAUUGAAUAGAGCAGUGAAUGAAUAA